GUCAGAAGGCCUGCAACUGUUUUACUACGCCUAGUACUACCAACUAUAUUUUACUAUGUGUUCGUAUUGGUUUCGUAAUAUGAACUGAUCGGAUGCACAAUAUAAUUCAGUCAAUAGAAUGGAGUACUUUGUUCCUGGUGCUGAAGGUAGUAGGGUUGUUUCUCUACAGGACAUGAUUGAAGAUGAUAUUCAAGCGGGAGCGUUUUGCGAUGGCCAAUUUUCGAGCGAUAUUUGGGACUCAUCGACAGAAUUCCCGCAAUCGAACUGGUUAAAUGAUUUAGGAGAGACUGUACUCGAGAAUUCGGAUCCGAAUCUUCUGGUUAACCCUCAAACCGGAAUGCCAAUUGCUCAAUCUCCUUCAAAAUCACCUCGCCUUAAUCCAGUCACCAUUGCAUCUUCCACAUCUAUAUCAACUUCAACAUCAACAGUAUCUCCUACGACAACGCACUCUCAACCUAUUCGUACUACUAACAAUAAUUCACCACAGCGUCUUCAGCCUGUUAACUAUAUUCGACCGUCCGUUCGAAAUUCACCAUCAUCCAAGUCCUUGAAUGAUAUUAUGCCGACGAAACCAAGAAAUCCUACUCCGUCUCCAUCUAUCACAAAUACUAGCAUUAAUAUUGCUCAAAAGCCGAACAAAUAUCCUAAACCUCUAUAUUCUUACAGUUGUUUAAUAGCAUUGGCCCUAAAGAACAGUGAUACUGGAACACUGCCCGUAUCUGAAAUAUAUAACUUUAUGAUUGAAAAUUUUCCUUACUUCAAAACUGCUCCCGAUGGCUGGAAGAAUUCUGUUAGACAUAAUUUAUCCUUGAACAAAUGUUUUGAGAAACUCGAUAAUCCUAAAGUUACUAGCAGUUCUUCAGGAGCAAAUAAGAAAGGUUGUUUAUGGGGAUUGAAUCCUGAAAAGGCAGAUAAAAUGGAUGAUGAAAUUGCAAAGUGGAGGAAAAAGGAUGCAGCUGCCAUUAAAAAAUCCAUGUCCAACCCAGAUAUUCUGGAUUUAAUUGAAGCUGGAAAAGCUGGUUGUCCUUCGUCCCCUCGUUCUCAAAUCAACGGCGAACUGACAAUUCGUCAAACUGUUUCGUUACCAGUGAAUAAUAAUAAUGUAAUUAAGCAAGCACCAACCAUUACUAUCAUCAAAACUGUACCGGAUCAACCACCCCAACUAACUCAGGAUGAUUUAAGAAUUUUGGGUAAUACAGCCUUAGACUCGAAAGCCAACGACGAUCUCCUCAACGAAUUGGACAAUGACCAAUUGUUAGAUGCUGCUGUGUUAUCAGCUGCAGAUGAUGUUUUUGACAACAAGUUAGAAAAUCAUAAGAACGAGCCUGCUGUAAUGUCGAGUCCGUCCAAGUUCGGCAACUUCUUACUUUUUUCUCAUUCCUGA